UUGCAGGCUAUUCCUUCUCUUCUUCUGAAGUGUGGUGAAGGUGGAAAUGAUUCUGCUGGCCCAAAGUUGUUCAAUAUUUUUGCGCUUUUAGGUGCAGGAACUACUGGACUUUUGAGUUUUGCAACAGUUUCAUAUGCUUCUGAUGAGGCUGAGCAUGGGCUGGAGAGUCCUAGCUAUCCAUGGCCUCACAAAGGCAUCCUUAGUUCAUAUGACCAUGCCUCGAUUCGUCGGGGUCACCAGGUCUAUCAGCAAGUUUGUGCAUCCUGUCACUCUAUGUCACUUAUUUCUUAUCGUGAUCUUGUUGGUGUGGCGUACACUGAGGAAGAAACUAAAGCGAUGGCAGCAGAAAUUGAAGUGGCUGAUGGCCCAAAUGAUGAGGGCGAAAUGUUUACUCGCCCAGGGAAGUUGAGUGACCGUUUCCCUCAGCCUUAUCCUAAUGAGCAAGCAGCACGAUUUGCAAAUGGAGGAGCCUAUCCCCCUGAUUUAAGUCUCAUCACCAAGGCUUCAAAAGGUCGGGAAAGGUACCGAGACUAUGAUGAUAAUUUUCUGAGUCUCGAUCUCGGGAUAAACCUGCUCUGAUACUAUCUUAACGAUGGUGAUCGAGAGAGGCGGGAUUUGUAUGGUGCAUAAUGGCGAAAGAUUAAGAGAAGAAGAUUGAGAUCGGUAUAUUUCUCUGUUAUAUUUCAUAGUGAUUUACAGUGUUUACUAUAUAGGCACCAUAGUUGUCUAACUAUGGAAAUACAAUUACUACUGUAAUCAAUCUAUGUAAUCACGAGAUUUAUGCAAUCAAUGAAUU